UCUCUCUCUCUCUCUCUCUCUCUCUCUCUCUAUAUAUAUAUAAAGAGGUUAUACAAUAUACACAAUAUAUUUUUAUAUAGAUUCACCGCCACUCGCAAGAUAUUUCUCUGGGUUUCCUUUAAACGAAUUAAACUGUUUUGGUUGUCAAUGGAGGAUUUCUUUUGAUGAUUAUUUUCGCUCUGCACUUUCCAAUCAAAACUCUCUGUAUCUUAUCUUUUAAGCUUUUGGUGCUCUGCUUUUAAUGGCGAUUUCAGAUUCGCCUGAAAGCGUAGGUACCACGGUUACCACCUCCAUGGCCACUAAUCACAACACCGUUUCAGAUCUCAACGUCUCCUCGAUUCGGAGGAGGCCUAACGCCGGCGUUACAGGAGCUCCAUCCAAUUCUAGUUCCGGUACCAGCUCUCCUCUUCCUCUCGACACCGAUAAUUCGCUUAAGGACUUGGUUGCUGACUCGGCUAGUGAUGUCUCUUCCGUCGGGCGCGUCAGCGACAACGACGGGGAUCGGAUUCCCGCCGUCGAUGGCCCCGUGGACUUGGCCAAGGACGCCACUGAUACGAAGGAGAGCCCGGAAAAGGUUCGCAAUGGUGAGGAUCAAGGACUUGACUUCUCGGCUAUGAAAUUCGCUUACCGGCCGUCGGCUCCGGCUCAUCGUAGAGUUAAGGAGAGCCCUUUGAGCUCCGAUGCCAUCUUCAGACAGAGCCAUGCUGGUCUUUUCAACCUUUGUAUAGUAGUACUUGUUGCUGUGAACAGUAGACUCAUUAUUGAGAAUUUGAUGAAGUAUGGUUGGUUAAUCAAAUCUGGCUUUUGGUUUAGUUCAACAUCGUGGCGCGAUUGGCCCCUUUUUAUGUGUUGUCUUACUCUUCCACUGUUCCCGCUUGCCGCUUAUACAGUUGAGAAGCUCGUUCAGAAAAAGUACAUAAAUGAGCCUGUUGUUGUUUUUCUUCAUGUGAUUAUUAGCACCACAGCAAUUCUGUGUCCAGUUUUUGUUAUUCUCAGGUGUGAUUCAGCUGUACUUUCUGGUUAUGCGCUGAUAAUGUUGGCCUGUAUUGUGUGGUUAAAGCUGGUCUCUUAUGCGCAUUCAAAUUAUGAUAUGAGAGCACUUUCCAGAUUAAUUGAAAAGGGAGAAGUUCUACUAAGUUCUUUGAAUGUAGAUUACAAUUACAAUGUUAGCCUCAAAAGCUUGGCAUAUUUCAUGGUUGCUCCAACAUUAUGUUACCAGCCAAGCUAUCCUCGUACAGCAUACAUUCGAAAGGGUUGGGUCUUUCGUCAACUUGUCAAAUUGAUCAUUUUUACAGGAGUUAUGGGAUUUAUCAUUGAACAGUACAUUAAUCCUAUUGUGAAGAACUCCCAGCAUCCACUGAAGGGGGACCUGUUGUAUGCCAUUGAAAGGAUUUUAAAGCUUUCAGUUCCAAAUUUAUAUGUGUGGCUCUGCAUGUUCUAUUGUUUUUUUCACCUCUGGUUAAACAUACUAGCUGAACUUCUUCGCUUUGGUGAUAGAGAAUUCUACAAGGAUUGGUGGAAUGCAAAAACAGUGGAGGAGUAUUGGAGAAUGUGGAAUAUGCCUGUUCAUAAAUGGAUGGUUCGCCAUAUCUAUUUACCAUGCUUGAACAAAGGAAUACCAAAGGGAGUUGCCAUUUUGAUUGCUUUCCUAGUUUCUGCUGUUUUUCACGAGUUAUGUAUUGCAGUUCCUUGUCACAUUUUCAAGUUAUGGGCGUUCAUUGGAAUUAUGUUUCAGGUUCCCUUGGUAUUGAUUACAAAUUACCUGCAAAAUAAGUUCAGAAACUCAAUGGUGGGAAAUAUGAUAUUCUGGUUCAUUUUCUGCAUUCUUGGGCAACCGAUGUGCGUGCUCCUAUAUUACCACGAUGUCAUGAACCGAAAAGGGAAAAAUGAAUAAACCAUGAAACUCUUCUCCAUAUCUGACUGUAGUUUAGAUCGCACUCAAAACCGAAAGUUGUCAUUGACUUGCCUAAAACUCCAUGAUUCUUCAGGGCAAUUCAACUCAUGUGGCAGAGUCUUCUAAUUGAAUUACAUGACCACUUAUGAAGCAGCUUCCGCAGAGUCUUCCUCAUCAUGCCCCCCCUAGAGUGGAUUCCUACUUGAUCCAUAUAACUACACAUACAACGCAUUGAGAGUGAAAAGCACCACAAUUUGUAGAGCUCAGUUUAAUACUUGAUGGGUCUAAUUGACUAUUGUGGAGAUCUAAAAAAAAAAUUGACUAUUGUGGAGAAAGCUUGUAAUUUGUAAACGUUUCAGGAUCAUCAAUACUUGGUCAAUAGAAUCCAUGGUUACUCAGUUACUCCAAGACCAAGAGACCCCGAUGAUCAAUCGUUUAUUAUUCUUUGGGUGAUACAAAUUCACGGCAAAAAUACAUCACAAUUUUUUUUAUUCAUUAUUACUGGCGUAGCUUUUAAGAGCUUUUUCUUUUUGAACCCA